UGAAGUAGUUCCAUCUCCUGCUUUACUGUACUACUUAAUGUAUGUUAUGUGUUUUUGUUGGGGAUGGGAUUGGUAGAGGUUGAUUGUUUUUCAUACUUUCUGCUGCUCUUUGCAUCGAUAGGCUGGAUUUAAACCCUUGUGGCAGCAGUCUGAAAGUUGCCCUCGUGUCCUGGCUAUUUCCAAACUGUUUUGUUGGCGAAGGCUCUCUUUUAAGGAUGGCAGGGGAGAGGUACCUCCCUGAUAGCACAUCCACACCAAAGCUUCUUCAUCAGAGGAAGCUGGUGGAACCUAACGUUCUUCUGCUGUCUCCUUCCUGCCGAAGCCAAGUGAAACCAACUGAGUUUUUGCUUCCCUCUAAUAUCCUUCUCUCAACCUUGCAGACCUCCUCCCUGAAAUCUUUAAAGCUAACAGUGAAAUAUGAACAUGCUGAUUUCAUUUAGCAGCAAUGCAAGUUUUAAACAUCCCAGUAACUGGGCUGCUUCCGUGCUGAGAUAAUCUUCUGUGGCAAAGAUGUGUCCUUGUCAAUGGCUCUGGGGAAGAGUCUGCAGCCACGGCUUUCAACCUGCCACCGUGUCAGUUGUGAAAUGAGGGAAGCGGUGAAAACAAGGAAGCUAAACGAUAGGUGGUUUGUUCAAGCUGCCUGUGAUGCCAGGCCUGUUAGUGCUUCUGGUCUAACAGAAGAAUCUGUGCACAGUUAUUGAGGAUUCAUGAAUAAAAUUUUCCAUCCCAACAUUGACGAAGCGUCAGGAACUGUAUGUCUAGAUGUAAUCAAUCAAACUUGGACAGCUCUCUACGAUCUCACCAAUAUAUUUGAAUCGUUCCUGCCCCAGCUGCUGGCAUAUCCUAACCCUAUAGAUCCUCUAAAUGGUGACGCUGCAGCCAUGUACCUCCACCGGCCAGAAGAGUACAAACAGAAAAUUAAAGAAUACAUUCAGAAAUAUGCAACAGAAGAAGCACUAAAAGAACAGGAAGAAGGCACCGGGGACAGCUCAUCUGAGAGCUCCAUGUCCGACUUCUCGGAAGAUGAGGCUCAGGAUAUGGAAUUGUAGUAGAAGAGGCAACCUGCUUUUCAGAGAGACUCUAAUUUCCUAACCAUGAGAAGCAGACUAUAAUAUUCAUAUUUAAACAAAGCAAUUUUUUUUAUUACUAAACAAGGUUUUUAUGAAUAAUAGCAUUGAUAUAUAUAUAUCACCCUUUAGAUCUUGAUUUUUCUUGGUCAUUUCUCAAACCCGAGGUGCAUAGCAUAUUCCCACAUUCCAUUUUGGUAGCAAUAUGCAGCCCGAAUGCAUGCAUUCAAAUUCCAUUUGGCCAAGUCAACUUGUGUGCUACUGAACUGUCAGCUAAAACAGCUGCCCUGAUAGGUAGGGAGUCAGCAAAGAUGUUUGCUUUCUUAUCAGUGUUUCCAAAGACGCCACCUUGGAUGCUAACGUGGAACAGCGUUUUCUCAAAGUAAAAAAAAUCUGGGGGAUGAUAUGCUAACCGUGUAGAUCAGACAGUGAAAUAAAAGGUGCUCCUUCAGGUCAACCUUGCUGAUCAUAUUUUAUGUGGAGUCACAUUAAAACAAAAACAACACAAAUGCAUGGAGCUAUUCAGAGCAUUGAAGCUUAAAUUUUGACUUGGAUUUUAAGUCCGUUUUUUGUAUGUGGACUCCUGCCUGCCCUCUGAACUGUAGGGACUGACAACCACUGGUCUGUUUGCUUUUGGGACUUUUGAAAGCCUUCAUCUGGAUGUUACUCACUCUCUUGGUCUGGAUUAUGAGCUGUUCCCUUUUUCGGAGGGGAAAAAAAAAAAAACAAAAAAACAAUGCUCUCUAAGCAGUGCUUUGAUUUAGCUGGAGCACAUGUGAAGUCAAACUCUUACUUUGUCUUAGUUUUGAAACUGCUACCCUUUAAUGGCUUCAAGUUUGCUUUUUCUCUUGCUUGAAGUAUGGUUAAACACCUCGCAAACACUCUCCAUCUCCUAAGAGGGUUCUCUGACCAGAUGGAUUAGCCUUGCUGAGAGCUUCAGAUCCACGAGGAUUGGCCCAUUGGCUGUAGUCCAUGAAUCCAUCGGCACUGAUUUUAUUUUCCUUUUUCCCUCCCCCCCCCCCCCCCUUCUGCACCAGCUUGGUAGCCAUCUGCUUGUGUGUGUACAACAGGAUUAAAGUUUCUUAAAGUUAACAGAGUAUGAUCUAGAAAAAAUUGCGAUGAAUAAAAAAAGCCUAAAAGCGCCAAUUGAGGAAGCAAGUGAAUCUGAUCUUUUUUUUUUUCCAGGAUGCUUCUGAAUGAAACGUUUGAUUUCUCCUGGUAUCUGUCAACAAGCUGAGAUUUUUGUUUGGUUUAAUGCUGAGAGAAUCUAAAACAGUAAAUGUCUACCUGGGAUGCCAGUAUACUUGAAUUUGGAUAAUUGUGCAUUUGAGAUUCUUACUGAGAUGGAUUUUAAAUCUGAAUGUUACCUGCUGUAUUUCUGGGGUUUUCUGAGCGGUUUGGGCAAGGUAUUUUAAUGUGUGGGGCAACCUGCAGGACAGUGCAUGGGAAUCAACCCACCCUGAGCAACUCUCGAGCAGAGUUUUGAAUGUCAGACUGGUAACUUUUCAUUUUCCCAGAAGUGUUUUUUCUUUAGAAAUGCCACCGAGUUUUGAGUUUAGGGGGUUGGAAGGUUACAAUCCUAUUUCGAAUUCAUAAAGCACAAUCAAUUAUAUAUAUAUUUUUUCUUUUGGAGGAAAGAGACUCGUAAAGUACCAUUUUGCUUUAGCAUGAUUUUCCUUAAUAAAAAAAAUAUACAAAGAACUUCCUUUAUGUUAAUUACGGGCAUGAAGCAAAGGUUUUCCUCUCCUUUUUUUUUUUUCCUUUUUCUUUCUCUUUUUUUUUUUUUUAAAAGCAGUAAUGUAGGGCUGUGGCUAGUGACUGUGCUGAAGUUCUCUAUCUAGCAUUUGUGGCUUGUUGGAAGGGGUAAUAUUAACUAUUUAACAUGUAAUGGUGUACUUAACUCUUAUCUAGCACGCUGUUUUUUCUCAUUACUUUGGGGAGGGAGGGGCCACGCGUUGCUGGCACUGUUUAACUCGCUUGCCUGCUGACCUAGCAGUCUGCUUGUGCUAUAACCUUUACUGUAGGUGCUACUUAGGAGUAGAGUAAGUGCUGGGUGGUGAUAUCAGUUUAAAAGAAAAACCACAAUAAAAAUUUGUAUUUUUUCAA